AUGUCCUCUAUUCCCGGCGCAUAUUCCCGAAUUCUGCAUUUUUUGAUAAGCAGCUGGAAGGUUGGGCAAAAUCAAUCGUUUUAUACUGUUAGGUGUGAAGUUGAAAAUACUCAGAGAAGACAACAAAUUUCCUGGGUCGUCGAAAGUUGUCUAUUGGUUGCGUGGCUGCUUCGAUGCCAUCGAUCGGCAAUACGUAGGUUGACACUUCGAAAUAUCACAACUCUGCAGUUGAAAUCUGCGCUCAUAUCGCUCUAUUGCCGUGAUGAGGCCAAAAGAUCCUCCGUAAAUAUUUAUGAUUCAUGCAAAAUUGUAGAAUCAUACUCUUUCAAGCUCGCUUAUGGCGAGUCGGCUGUCGAGGUGGAUGGGGCAGCAGGCGACAACCUGGUCUCCAGGUCAAGGCUGCUACCACCAGCCGUUUCUCAGGCUGAAAUUCAAACGGCGACAAUAAACCUCCUCAAGACAAUAAAUGCAGUGGGAGAAAAGGCAAAACGAUUGUCAGGAGAUCUCUUUAUGACAAUGAGGCUGCAAUAUACCGAUGACACUCCAGAAGAUUAUGUACCACCUGGCUUCAAAAAAGCGGACGAUGUCGUGUUUCAGUUUGACGGCAUACCAGCAAAUAUUAGGGUUGGUAUAGUGAAAACAGCACACCAUAGCUUAAAGAUGCAUCUCCAGACAAACAGGGCUUUUUUACCACUCACAAAGCACUUGAACGAAGACAAAAUGGAGAUCCAGGAAGCGUCGCAGAAGUCGUUGGAGUUGAAAAACCAACCACAACCUGAACAGCAGAUACCUGAUUCAAAAGAAACAGAUCUUACAGAGUCACUACAGAAACAAACACUUCAGUCGGAGGAUGACAGUGAAGAAACCUUUUCCGUUCGCUGUCCCUGUGGAGUCAAUAAAGACGAUGGCGUCAUGAUCCUGUGCGAUGGUUGUGGCAUGUGGCAACAUGCUGUGUGUUUCCGGAUUUUGGAGGAAACUGAUGUACCCAGUUCUCACAUCUGUGAGAAGUGCAGUGAAACAAAGCCAGAGUUGUUGCAGAAGGGCGGUAUAACCGAUAACAGCUUAAAAGGACUGCCAGACGAUGCCCGAAAGUCACUCUGCCUUUUGCGCCGAGCUGUGUUACUGUGCACCAGUUUGGAUUCCAUAUCUCCCGCCAUCAUAUCGAAGAACCUCGAGGUAAAAUAUACAGUGGCGCGAAGUCUUUUCAACCGACUUAUCGAUGAAGGUAUUCUUAAAGAAGUUGGAUCAAAGCGAGGCGAAAAAAUGGUGGAUAAAAACUACCUGGAGGAGACGGUGAUAUUGAAAAUUUUUCAACAUUCAUCUGUGGAAAUAAAUGGAACUUCAUCCUUUGAACCAAGAAGUCAGUUCGGCCACUCUGCAUCAUCUCCCCCUCGGUCAGUUCGGCAUACUCCAAGACUAUUUGAAGCAAGUCAGGACUCCAUAUUCUCUCCCGUGCCUCCCAGAAAGCGCCGAAGGACUGGAAUUGCAAACACACCAGUUGCGAUUUUCCGAAGAUGAAAGCCAAUAACUCACGGUUAUAUUUUUUCUACCUGUUAUGUUGUUUCUUUGGUUACCAAUAUGCAGUGAGUCAUUAUAACGAAU